AUGAGAUUAUUCCUCAAUAACAAUAGUAGUAGUAGUAGUAGUAGUAGUAGUAGUAGUAGUAGUAGUAGUAGUAGUAGUAGUAGUAGUAGUAGUAGUAGUAGUAGUAGUAGUAGUAGUAGUAGUAGUAGUAGUAGUAGUAGUAGUAGUAGUAGUAGUAGUAGUAGUAGUAGUAGUAGUAGUAGUAGUAGUAGUAGUAGUAGUAGUAGUAGUAGUAGUAGUAGUAGUAGUAGUAGUAGUAGUAGUAGUAGUAGUAGUAGUAGUAGUAGUAGUAGUAGUAGUAGUAGUAGUAGUAGUAGUAGUAGUAGUAGUAGUAGUAGUAGUAGUAGUAGUAGUAGUAGUAGUAGUAGUAGUAGUAGUAGUAGUAGUAGUAGUAGUAGUAGUAGUAGUAGUAGUAGUAGUAGUAGUAGUAGUAGUAGUAGUAGUAGUAGUAGUAGUAGUAGUAGUAGUAGUAGUAGUAGUAGUAGUAGUAGUAGUAGUAGUAGUAGUAGUAGUAGUAGUAGUAGUAGUAGUAGUAGUAGUAGUAGUAGUAGUAGUAGUAGUAGUAGUAGUAGUAGUAGUAGUAGUAGUAGUAGUAGUAGUAGUAGUAGUAGUAGUAGUAGUAGUAGUAGUAGUAGUAGUAGUAGUAGUAGUAGUAGUAGUAGUAGUAGUAGUAGUAGUAGUAGUAGUAGUAGUAGUAGUAGUAGUAGUAGUAGUAGUAGUAGUAGUAGUAGUAGUAGUAGUAGUAGUAGUAGUAGUAGUAGUAGUAGUAGUAGUAGUAGUAGUAGUAGUAGUAGUAGUAGUAGUAGUAGUAGUAGUAGUAGUAGUAGUAGUAGUAGUAGUAGUAGUAGUAGUAGUAGUAGUAGUAGUAGUAGUAGUAGUAGUAGUAGUAGUAGUAGUAGUAGUAGUAGUAGUAGUAGUAGUAGUAGUAGUAGUAGUAGUAGUAGUAGUAGUAGUAGUAGUAGUAGUAGUAGUAGUAGUAGUAGUAGUAGUAGUAGUAGUAGUAGUAGUAGUAGUAGUAGUAGUAGUAGUAGUAGUAGUAGUAGUAGUAGUAGUAGUAGUAGUAGUAGUAGUAGUAGUAGUAGUAGUAGUAGUAGUAGUAGUAGUAGUAGUAGUAGUAGUAGUAGUAGUAGUAGUAGUAGUAGUAGUAGUAGUAGUAGUAGUAGUAGUAGUAGUAGUAGUAGUAGUAGUAGUAGUAGUAGUAGUAGUAGUAGUAGUAGUAGUAGUAGUAGUAGUAGUAGUAGUAGUAGUAGUAGUAGUAGUAGUAGUAGUAGUAGUAGUAGUAGUAGUAGUAGUAGUAGUAGUAGUAGUAGUAGUAGUAGUAGUAGUAGUAGUAGUAGUAGUAGUAGUAGUAGUAGUAGUAGUAGUAGUAGUAGUAGUAGUAGUAGUAGUAGUAGUAGUAGUAGUAGUAGUAGUAGUAGUAGUAGUAGUAGUAGUAGUAGUAGUAGUAGUAGUAGUAGUAGUAGUAGUAGUAGUAGUAGUAGUAGUAGUAGUAGUAGUAGUAGUAGUAGUAGUAGUAGUAGUAGUAGUAGUAGUAGUAGUAGUAGUAGUAGUAGUAGUAGUAGUAGUAGUAGUAGUAGUAGUAGUAGUAGUAGUAGUAGUAGUAGUAGUAGUAGUAGUAGUAGUAGUAGUAGUAGUAGUAGUAGUAGUAGUAGUAGUAGUAGUAGUAGUAGUAGUAGUAGUAGUAGUAGUAGUAGUAGUAGUAGUAGUAGUAAGUGA